AUGACCAUGUCUCACUGCUUAUGUGUGGGUCUGUACACGGUUAAGUUCAGUAUUUUAGUCACUUUCUGGCUGAUCUCUAUGCGUACUCGAGCCGAGGUUGCUGAUGAAGUCUUGUCUGGUUCCAAUUUCAUUGUCCGUAUUAGUCGUGUAGAUGAUAGUGUGCGCAUAACCGGAAGUAGUACGUUUCGCUGGACGGAAGUACAAGACAGCAGCAAUUUACUACUUCAGCGGUUGUCCAAUAACAAACCCUGCCUCAAUAUACAACGUUACCUCCCUGAAAAGACGAAAAAUUCUACGAAACAUGAACUAAGAUCAGUGGUCAGUUACACAGGGGAUCUGAAUUCCAACAAAACAAAAAUAAUGGAACCGAACACCGAACCCGAGGUAAAAACGGGCCAAGAUAACUUGGGAUAUUCAUCAGAGGAUGAAGUGCACAAACCAAACACGGUACCCGAUGACAUCACAGUUAAUAUCGAUGUCGAUGAUAAGGAUAUGACGUCAAAAACACAUUCCAUUACACAAGAACCCAAACUGCAAUAUGACGAUUCUACAGAAAUUCAGAUUUCAUUGGACGACGAAAAACGGAAUGGUAAUUACAAUACCGAAAAAGAGCCAGAACGCAAGAAAAGUAUAGCGGUCCAGACCCCCUUUUAUGAUUUCUUCGGUUCCUAUCAUGACGUGAGGGACGAGGAACAAAAAUGGCUGUCAUGGAUGGAGGUUCAGUUCAAGAAGAUUGCUGGCGACGAUGGAGAAAUCAGCUUAGAGGAGUUCAAAGACGCCCUUGGGGUCAAACGGUCCUUUUUUGCUGAGCGCUUCUUCAAUUUAUUUGACACUGAUAAAAGCGGAAGUAUUGAGUGUGGAGAGCUUAUGGACGGCCUCCGGAUGUUAACAAAGGGCAAGCCUGCGCAGAAACUCAAGUUCCUGUUUAAUGUUUAUGACGUGGAUGGAUCGGGUUCAAUUGACCGGGAGGAAUUGAAAACUGUAUUACGAUCCUGUAUGGAAGAGAGUUCAUUGUCUCUGGGGGAAGAUGACCUGGAUGAUCUAACAGACGUACUAUUUGAUGCCGCGGAUGAAGACAACAGCGGAAGCAUAACGUUCGAGGAGUUAAAGGCUGAGCUAGAGAAACAUCCAGGAGUGAUAGAAAAUUUAACAAUCAGUGCUGCACAAUGGCUGAAACCCCCGGCAGCCAGUAAGAAAAAGCAGAAAGGAUGGACAGAAAAGUUUACAUUGAAGUAUAUACGUAACAACCUGAGAAAAGUUAUCUUCCUGCUUCUGUAUGUCUUGAUCAACCUCGCUUUAACAGCGUACACAGUGUAUAAAUACAAAGACUCCAAUGGCUUUGUGAUAGUCGCCCGUAUUGGAGGAAUGAAUCUCAAUUUUAACUGUAUGUUCGUCCUCGUUUUGAUGCUGAGAAAAUGUCUGACAUACUUACGAGCUACGCCAUUGGCUGGAUUUCUUCCCUUAGAUCAGAAUAUACAGUUUCAUAAAAUGGUCGGAGGCAUGAUAGCAUUUUAUGCAAUCAUCCACACGAUCGCACAUAUAGGAAAUGCUAUUUACAUUGAAUAUGUGACACCAGAGAAGAACCUGACAACAAUAGAUAUCCUAUUCACAACGAAAGCAGGGAUCGGCUGGGUUGAGGCCUCGGCAUACAUUACGGGAUGGCCUAUCCUUGUCAUUCUGAUUAUUAUGGUGAUCUGUUCACUUCCGUUCGUUAGAAGAGGUGGCCAUUUUCAGGUGUUCUACUGGACCCAUAUGCUGUACAUACCUUUCUGGAUCCUCCUCAUCCUACAUGGGCCAAUUUUCUGGAUGUUUUUCGUUGCACCAGGUGCUAUGUUUGUGCUUGAGAAGAUCUUCAGGUCAAAGCUUAUAAAGAGGGCACGUUACGGCAAUACUCAUAUAACGGAAGUUCACCUCCUACCAUCCGGAGUAUGCCAUUUAGUCAUAUCCAGACCUGACAAUUUUAAGUACCAGCCAGGUGAUUACAUCUUCAUACAGAUCCCUGUCAUUGCAGCUAAUGAGUGGCAUCCAUUUACAAUAAGCAGCGCUCCAGAAAUGAAAGGUCACAUUUGGCUACACGUUCGAUCAGCUGGACACUGGACAAACAAAUUAUAUGAGUAUUUUUCAGAGUUAGAUCCCAUAAAUUUGGGUAAGCCAGAGGUAGCCCUUCAAAAAAGGCGACCUACUCUCUCACCUGCACUACUUAAUUUCAAAGCGUCGGGGAAACACUCAGGACGAAAAGGGUCACAAUAUUUGGAGAAAAGUCAGAACGAACUUGAACACGAGAAAAGGGUUGCCCAGAAAGUCAAGAAAGUUCAUGUUAAGUGUCACAUUGAUGGACCUUAUGGUACAGCUACAAGGGAGAUAUUCGAGACAGAACAUGCUGUUCUAGUAGGGGCGGGUAUAGGUGUGACUCCUAUGGCGUCUAUACUUCAGAGUGUGAUGUACAGGUACAAGGAAUCCAAAAGAACGUGCCCUUGCUGUAAACAUAGCUUCUAUGGUCCGAUAUCAGAUCAUGCAAUGAAACUGAAAAAGGUGGAUUUCAUAUGGAUAAAUCGUGACCAGAAAUCCUUCGAAUGGUUUGUGGGUCUACUUAACCAUAUCGAGAAAGAACAGAUCGAUGUAGCUUACGAAGAAGACAAAGAACCAGAGAAAGUUAUAGAGAUGCACAUGUAUAUGACCGCUGCCCAGGGCAAAACGGACAUGAAGGGCAUAGGUCUGCAGAUUGCCCUUGACCUUAUUCAUAAGAAAGAUAACAGAGAUUUGAUAACAGGAUUACAAACCAGGACCCAGGCCGGAAGGCCAAACUGGAACCAAAUCUUUGCCAAAAUCUCGGAGCAGAAGAAAGGAAAAGUCAAGGUUUUCUUCUGUGGAGCUCCUCAACUAGGAAAAAUAAUCAAAAAUACUUGCAUGAAAUACAAAUUUAAAUUUUCAAAAGAGAACUUUUAAUUGUUCUCGG